AAUCACCCCCCCCCCCCCCCCCCCCACAGUAGGACUACGCUUCUCGCUUAGCGACGCAACAGCAAAGCAGCGCGCGGAGAGAGAGACCGAUCGAGCCACACCGCCGCGCGCCAUGGCGAGCGAGAGCGAGAGCAACGGCCACCACCACGCCGGCGACGAGGCGCGCGCGGAGAACAGCGGCGCGGGGUGCCUCCACGGCGGCGACGACGGCGGCGGGACGCCCAGGACGACGCCGGAGAUCAGGUACACCAAGCUGUUCAUCAACGGGCGCUUCGUCGACGCGGCCUCCGGUAAGACGUUCGAGACCAGGGACCCCCGCACCGGCGACGUGAUCGCCCGCGUCGCCGAAGGCGACAAGGAGGACGUCGACCUGGCGGUGAAGGCGGCGAGGGAAGCAUUCGACCACGGCGAAUGGCCUCGCAUGUCGGGAUCAGAGAGAGGGAGGGUCAUGGCGAAGUACGCGGAGGUGGUGGAGCGGCACGCGGAUGAGCUGGCGGCACUGGAGAGCCUUGACGCCGGCAAGCCGCUCGCCGCCGCCAGGGCGGUGGACGUCGGCGAGUGCGUCGGCAUCCUGCGCUACUUCGCCGGCGCCGCCGACAAGAUCCACGGCGAGACGCUCAAGAUGUCGAGGCAGCUCCAGGGUUACACCCUCCGCGAGCCCCUCGGCGUCGCCGGCCUCAUCGUCCCCUGGAACUUCCCGGCCAUCAUGUUCUUCUCCAAAGUCUCACCGGCGCUCGCCGCCGGCUGCACCGUCGUCGUCAAGCCCGCCGAGCAGACGCCCCUCAGCGCCCUGUUCCUCGCCCACCUAUCAAAGCAAGCAGGAGUACCGGAUGGGGUGAUCAACGUGGUGACAGGAUUCGGCCCAACAGCGGGAGCUGCAAUUUCAUCUCACAUGGAUGUUGACGUGGUGGCUUUCACGGGAUCUACUGAGGUUGGACGGCUUAUAAUGGAGGCCUCCGCGAAGAGCAACCUGAAGCCGGUGGCACUCGAGCUCGGCGGCAAGUCGCCGUUCAUCGUCUUCGACGACGCCGACCUGGACAAGGCCGUCGAGCUCGCCAUCGGCGGGAACUUCUUCAACAAGGGAGAAGCCUGCGUCGCCGGGAGCCGCGUGUUCGUGCAGGAGGGCAUCUACGACCGGUUCGAGCAGAAGCUAGCGGACACCAUGAAGAGCUGGGUCGUCGGCGACCCCUUCGAUCCUCGCGUCAAUCAAGGACCACAGGUGGACAAGGCUCAGUAUGAGAGGGUGCUCGGGUACAUCGAGCAAGGCAAGGCAGAAGGGGCAACUGUUCUCACGGGAGGGAAGCCCUGCGGUAAGAAAGGGUACUACAUCGAGCCCACCAUUUUCACCAAUGUGAAGGACGACAUGGUCAUCGCGAGGGAGGAGAUCUUCGGCCCCGUCAUGUGCCUGAUGAAGUUCAAGACGGUGGAGGAGGCGAUCGAGAGGGCGAACGGGACGAGGUACGGGCUGGCGGCGGGGCUGGUGACGAGGGACAUCGACGUGGCGAACCGGAUGGCGAGGUCGAUCCGGGCAGGGGUGGUGUGGGUGAACUGCUACUUCGCCAUGGACAGGAGCUGCCCGUUCGGUGGCCGCAAGAUGAGCGGGUUCGGCAAGGACGACAGCAUGCACGCGCUCGACAAGUUCCUCGCCGUCAAGUCCGUCGUCACCCCCGUCCAUGGCUCCCCCUGGUUCUGAGUUCUUUCUGGAUCUCGUCGCCGAUCGAGUCGGCCAUGCGUAUGUACACAUGUUGGUGUUGUUGGAUUUGCUGGGUGGUGGAGUAUUUGUAACGGUGGAAGAUUAUUACAGAGAGUCAAUAAGUUGCAUUAUCCAUUAUUUUCCUUGUAUAUGCCAGUUGGUGUUCUCCUCCUUUUUAUACUACCUUUGGAAGCCAAAAUUCUCCUUUUUA